AUGGAUCCGCUGCAGAAAUGGGAUCCAAUGUCGAUUUCCAUGCCUCGCAUGGCCACUGUGACAAGCUCCCAAGAGGCCUCAGCAGGCUCUCAGCCUUCCUCCUCAGAAAAGCUAAGCCUGGGCCUCAGUGGCCUGAGCCUCUGCCGCAGCCCUGCCUCUGUUGCCUCUGCUCCUUUGUCCGAGGGACUGCUCCAGCACCAGACCCGAGAGAAGAAGGCCCUGUGGCAGCAGUACUGGGAAAAGCAGGGCUUUCCUCAGAGGAAGAAAGUCUUCCUGAGACACUCGAGACGCUGGCACCGCGAUCACAUGGCACCUUACCUGCUUGAAAGGGAUCUCAGAGGCUCUCCCUCAGGUGACAGAGCUCAGAAUCAGCUCCGGUGCCAGGGCCACGUGCCGAACAUUGCUGGGAUGAGCGGAGACAGGAACAAGGCUCCCAACCCCCCCUCCUGGGAAACGCUGGUACAGGGCCUCAGUGGCCUCACCCUCAGCCUGGGAGCCAACAGAGUGAGCCCCCUGCCUGAAGGGCCUGGGGAGCAGCAGGACCCAGAGCAGAUGCUCCAGCUGGAGAGGCAGCAGGAAAGCAUGAGGAUGUUCCAGAGGAUGCUCAAGUAGAGGAUGGAAGAAGGCUGCGGAGCUGGCUCCCAGAGGACGGAGGUGAAAACGGAUUCAGACAGUGCGGCACAGCCAGCUCAGGGGCCCAGACCCUAUUGGAUCAAGGCAGUCAGCUGCCUUUGGAUGAGCCCCAACACUGUGCUAUGAUGGGAGUUGUCCUAGGAAAGGCUUCAA